CGCUGCAUAAAAAAAAAUAAAGUAACUUCGUUAAAGACCCCUGUUUAAUUUUAGUAACCAUAAUUGUUAAACCCUCGUUACAAUUUCAACAUUUUCCUAAUAAAAAUAACAACAUAAUUAAAACAGUGUGACUGUGUAUUAAUCUAAUAAGUGAUUAAUUGACUCGGAAACAGUGCCAAGACGCCAUCGCCAUGUUAAAUUCAGUGUGUACCCCGCUAGCGCACCAGACGGCCGUGUUUCGAACGGCCUCGCAAAUUUCAAAUUUAGAAUUCUGGCUCGGAGUCGUCCUAAUACUGGCGGCUUGUGAAAUGGACUUGAUAUAUUUUCACUUAUGGAACAGUUUCAAUAUGUUUUUUUAGUGUGACUAUGCGCGUAAAUUUACAUAUUUUCCUGUAUAUUGAAUAAAUAUUAGAGUUGUGUACGAAGUUGUUUUGUUAUCACAUGUUUAAGAGUUUUAAAAGUUUUGACAGAAUCAAAUCGUUUUAAUUGUGAGAUUGGUAGUGAUGGUGUAAAGGAUUAAUAGUACAACUUUACCGCAUAAACCAUGAAUCCGAAAGAGAAGCCACUAUUCGGCUCUCACUCUGACACGUCGACUAUCAACAUAAAGCACAUGGUGACGGAACUCUUCACGCAGAUGCGGGAGCCCUCCCCCGGGGCCCCGAGCCCCAAAUCCUCCACCAGCUCGCUGCACGUAACCAAGAACGUUGGCUUCCAGCAGCAGACCCAGGAGCUGCCGUGGCAGACCCCCGCCAUAUCACUACCAGGCAACUGCAAUAGCAACUUAGCCGGAGAGCCGUCUCCCCUAGUAAGAAGCGUCAGCAACGCGUCCGCUCUAACGUCCCUUUGCGCCGAUCUUUCCCCUUCAGACUCACAUUUCUUUGAGGUAUUAUACAUCGGUAAAGUCCGGAUAUCGCAACGGAAGGUUCCCGAGUCGCUCAUAGAUGAUGCUUUAAUCAAAUUCGCGCAGCAUGAGGCUGACAAAGCGAAGAACCAACGACGACACAGUCUGCUGUCUUCUAAUGGGACUUCGAUCUACAGUGCUGACUCCAAUGAAAACUUAACAAAUGACAAAAAGACUGAAUCACCAGACAAAAAAACAAACGUAUCCAUAUCAAAUACCCCGUUGGAACCAGACAAAUCCGUCUCCUGGAAAAGUCAUGAAAAUCUACCUGACAUUGUAAAAACAGACAACGCAGAUUUCGACCAAGAAUUUGAGAAAUUUACUAAAGAAAGAGUAAAUAACAGGAAAGCGGAUAUAGUACUUAAUGUACCUAACUUAGGUACAGUUGCAGAAGACGAAGAAAAACACGAAGACAUCAGAUCAAUUCUGUCUGACACAGCGUCGUCUAUAACUCAAUUCUGUCAAACGAAUUUCUUAACAGACAAAAAUGAAGAUAAAAAAGUAAAUAAUACUAGUGAAAAUAUUAACCCAUUUGAUGUUAAAUCUAAUCAAAGGAAUAAAUUAGAUUUAAAGCUUAACUUAGUAGAGAAAGCUGAAGUAAAGAAAUCGGACAGCUCAACUAAUAUAACUUUUGAGGAAUCGAAAUCAGGAAGGAAAAAUGAAGAAACUAGAAAUAAUGCAGGAAUGCCGGAGAAUAAGUCGUUUUUAAGAGACAGGUCUGCUUCAAUAGGCACUAUUAGUUUAAAAACGCCAAUAGCACAAGUUAUAGGAGAGCAAAACAGGACAAUGCUGUUUCAAGUCGGGCGCUCCGAGCUCCGCCUCAUCAGCCCAGACAGGAAGCAGAUCCUGCUGCACCGCGCCUUCAAGGACGUUGCUAGUUGCGUCAUAGGCCGGCACAACAGGGACCAUUUCGGCUUCGUCUGCAGAGAGACCAACGAAAGCUAUGCGGCUUAUGUAUUCAAGUGUGAAAGCGAUUCAGUCGCCAUGGAAGUUGUCAGUGAUCUUGUUCCAGCGAUCAAACAAGCGUUCGUAGCGCACGCGGAGCUCUUGAAGAAGUCUCGAGAAAAGUCUCCAAAUCUGACGUGUGAACACUGCCCCAUGCUGUGGUAUCAUCGGCUGUGCCACGACGUGGAAGGCAUGAACGAGAAGAAAACACACGCGUUCAUAUUACGGCGAAUCGAGCAGUUGCCUGAAGAUGAACAGGAUCUCAUCAUCACUAAAUACCAAGGGGGGACCAACCAUAUGUACGAGGUAAAUGAACACAACGCUUUCCUAAUGAUGUUGUUACGGGCCCAUUGCGAAGCGAAACAGACCAGGCAUAUCCACGACACUGCCGAAAACAGGUCGGAAUUCCUGAACCAGUACCUAGGCGGCAGCACCAUCUUCAUGAAAGCUAGACGUUCCCUCACGAGCGGCUUCGAUCAUCUUCUCAAAAGGAAAUCCAGCUUGUCCAAAGACGAUAUCAUUCCUCACAUUAAGAAGGAACCAUCCCCUCUGCCAACCCCUCCAAUACUAGACACAUCGUCGGAACCGUCCGGGUCAGAGUUGUUGUCCCCUGAUCAAACUCGUUGCAAGUCCCUGUCUCCAGUUAUUCUCAAUGGAAGCGAACCGCCACCAUCGCCGAAGCCUUCAAACAUGACCCCACCAGUUGAAGAGGAGGAAGAAAUGAAGGAGGAACCCGUCAACUCUCCCAUGAUGGACAUAUUUUUGAAAGUAAGCGACAACCGACCAGCGCCGACUGAAGCAGGCGCUGAACACGACGCUACCUGGCGACAAGCCAUCUAUGAGAAGGUCCUGCAACCUACUGACGUCCAGUGUGAAGCCGGAGACCUGACUCCCGCGAAUCUCCUGGGUCUACCCUCUCCCCGGCCCGGCAAGAGGAGCAGAGAGGAACUGCGGCAGCUGUGGAAGAUGGCCAUCGACCAAACUGUACUCCUGGUCAGGAUGGAGAGAGAAAACGCCAAGCUCAAAAAAAGCGAAGAAACCUCAGCAGUGCGUCGUAUAAAGCUAGAAUACGUGGAGCUAGGCGCAUGUGACACCGGCGUGGUGUCUAUGUGGGACUCGCUCCUGGCCUCUAGAGACCGGUUGCAGCCAGUAGCUAAAGUUGAUAGGCAUAUGUUGACUCAAGCUGUCAUACAAGGGGUCCCCCGCAUGAGCCGCGGGCUGGUGUGGUACUUCCUGGCCGAGCAGGCGAGCCUGCGCGCGCCGCCGCCCGACCCCCGCCGGUACCCGCGCUACCAGACCCCCUACAGGACGCUGUUGGCGGGACUGACCAAGCACCAGCACGCCAUAUUGAUUGAUCUAGGCCGCACGUUUCCCCAGCACUCGUAUUUCGCGUCAGCGCUCGGUCCGGGACAACUCGCUCUCUACAACAUCCUCAAGGCGUACUCCCUAGUAGACCCUGACGUAGGCUACUGCCAAGGACUUAGCUUUGUUGCUGGAGUGCUUUUAUUACAUACGGAGGAAGCUGAUGCCUUUAUUCUCCUUCGGCACCUCAUGUUCAGACGAGGCCUCAGGAAACAGUACUUGCCUGACAUGAGCGCUCUACAAGUUCAGCUUUACCAACUAUCCCGCCUACUCCGCGACCACGAGCCGGAACUGCACGCCAAACUGGAAUCUCUGGACAUCUCUCCUGCACUCUACGCAGCUCCAUGGAUGCUGACUCUCUUCACAAGCCAGUUCCCUCUGGGUUUCGUCGUAAGGGUCUUCGACCUAAUCUUCCUGGAGUCCCUCGACAUCGUGUUCUCCGUCUCCCUCGCACUACUUGCUGCGCAUAGAGACGGACUGAUGUUAUGCGAGAGCUGCGAGGAAGCAGCCGAGUAUUUGAAACAUAAGCUGCCGGAUAUGAACAAGGCGCUCUGUGAUCGAGUUAUAAAGAAGGUUCUAACUCUGGACAUAAGUCGCCAGCUAUGUGAUUACGCCGUGGAGUACGCAGUACUGAGAGAGGAGAUGCCGCGACUCGCGACGCUGACCGAGGACAACCGGCGACUGGUCGCACAGACUAAUCGCAUGUCCGGCGAACUGGACUCUGCCAUGGACGCCAUAACUGCGUACCAGAACAGCCAAGCGCGCUUAGAAUCAAUAAACAAAUCCAUGGAACACCAGCUCACUCUCCUCAGUCGGUACAUCGCCGCCCACCACAGACAAGAUAUGCCCGCAGAAAUAAAAAAGAUCGUCCAAAACCACAACAAGAAAAUAUCCUUCGGCUCUAAAAUAUUCUCAUCCAAAUUCACAUCAAACGAAGAUGACGAAAAUGAUCCCAAAAAGACUUUCAAAACAGGCAUCAGCGCACCUAACCUCUUCGCUAAAAUAUCCAGGGAAGACGUAUUCAAUGCUGUAAAAGAAAAAUCUUCACCAGAAUCAGAUAAAAAACAGUUCUUGUCCAAAAAAUCGCAAUCUGUAUCAUCUGGCUUGACUGUUAAACCUUUCCCAUUAAAAGUCCUCGAAGAAAAACCGGAGAGUAAAAGAUCUGAUAGCUUCAAAAACAGCAACGUACUUAAUGAAUCUCUAAGAGAAUUGGGGAAGAAAAAUACAGGAUUCUUUGCUAAUACACAUGAACAAAUAAGACAAGAAAGACUCUUUGAACAGCAGUUAAAACAUGAUUUCGAUGAGAAUUUAAAGAAGUUAGACCAGAAAUUAUCACCCAAAUACGAUGAAGAUUUAAGUAUAUUCCAAAGUAGAAAGAGCAUGUCGUUAAAUUUGAACACACCGAAGGAAAACAAACAAGACAGUGGUUUCGUAACUCCCAUGAGUCCAGAGGAAAGAAAAGAAGAUACUUCAUCGAUAAUAUCGCAUCCUUUAAGCGAUUGUGACGUGGAAAUCAAGUUUGAUGGUCAAUCGACUAAACUGAAGCAAAUUAGGCCUUUUAGAAUAUUAAGCGAACAAUAAAGUGUCACGUGCCCUUAGUAGUUUCGUAACCAGUUACGAAACAGGAAAUAAUAUUCCGAUUGUAACUAUUUAAAACUACAUGGAAAAUACCAAGGGGAAAGGUUACUAAAUAGAAUUUUACCAGCUGGUUACGGAACUCAGUUGAUGCCUUACUCAAAAUGGUUAAAGUUAGCUUUACAAUGUUCGGCUUUACAUUCAAGUGUAAACUACCAACAGUUUACGUUACGUUAAUGCUUAAUGAUUUUAGCUUGAUGUUCGAAAUAAAUAGUUCCAAUUUAAAUUUAAAAUUUCACUAUCAUAAGCGGUUUAUGAUGAUGCUGCGGCUUUUCAAGAAAGUCAAAAUUGUUGCUUUGAAUUGAAUUAGAGUCAAACCAAGAUAAGUUGAAAGCGAUUUUGAUAGCGGAUUGUUUGAAACGUCAAACUUCUAUGAAAUCAUGACGUUUGCACCGUCUGGGCUAUCAAAAUCUUGGUCUGACUCUAAUACCAAAUGCACUCUUCCAAAAAUCGUGACAGAUAGAAAUAAGCUCAAUGUCAUGUAGUAAAAGCUGUGUUAUGUGCAUACCCGGACAGACGGGGGCAAUUUAGGUUUGGCAAUAGUGAAAAGGCAAAUUAAAGUUGAAAAUCGUUAUUAUUUAUUUAACUUGCUCUAACUUGCUUGCUUGCUUUUAUUUUUAUAUCUGCUUGAUUUUCAACUAUCAUUAGCCUUUGCUCUAUUGUCAAACCUAAAUUCCCGUCUGUCCGAGGUAUGGUUACGUGAAAACGAAUCCAAGAGAUCUUUUAGUUUCGAUUCGUUUAGGUUUAUCCUCAAUAGUUCCGUUGAUAGAAGGAGCUUCAGCGGCAAUACAACAGAUUGAGUCAAAAUAUUUUCAAUAAUGUAAUCCAGAGAGGAAAAUGAGGACUACCGUUUAUAUGAAAAGACGAUUUCGCGCGGGUCCUCCACUUUCGUCUUAAUCUACCCGAUAUAAACAUUAUUUGAACUAGAUCAGCGCGUGCGCUAAUUUCUUCCAAGUUAUCGUCACGUGCUGAUAAUAUUUUGCUGACUGGCAUCUGGAACAUUACCAGGAGUUUCCCGAGGAACAUAUCUUCACGAGGAACCCGAAAGAUUUUAAUCACGGAUUUCUGAAGUAAAAUGAAGGACAAAAAGUUUAUGAGUCCACGUUCAUUUCGCCAAAAAUAUAUAUUUUUUAAUGUAUUGGCACAUAGAAAUCUAAUAUUAUUAGUAAACCUUUCAUAUAAAAUGAACUAAUGUUUUUUUUUUCGUGAAACCUUUUUUUUGCUAAGUGUUAUUCGUUAUUUUUUUACAUCUUAUCUAUGAGGAUAUUUAAACUACGUCCGUAAACGUAUAAAUUGCCACCAAACCGCGUAUAAAACGGCCUAAAUCACAAAAAAAUGUUAUUUACUUAUAUGAGAUCCAGUUAUGAACUCGUUCUAUCAAUCGGAUUGUGAAUAAAUACUUAUUAAUUCAUGGAGAACAAACCAUUGAAAUGUUUUAGAUCUCUUGCGGUUUGUAUUGUUGCACUUGCUAGUUGUUAGGUAUAGAUUGAUUCACGUGAGCUGGCAUGAAUGGAUCAAAUUGUAAAAGACAAUAGAGUCAGACCAAGAUAACUUGGCAGCGAUUUUGAUAGCCCAAACGGUGCACGCUAUAAUUUCAUAGAAGUUUGACGUUUAAAAUAACACGUGGACCGUCUGGGUUAUCAAAAUAGCUUGAUCUGACAAGCAAUUUGUGAAAGUAACAAUGAGCUGAAGGCAGUAAAGGCUACACAAUAGGUUAUUUUAUAAAAAAAAUUGAUCAGCGUCUCGCGACAGCGACGUUAUGAUAUGUUAAAACGCUUUUUGCUACGUAAAGCUCCACCACAAAUAUAUAAUCAUUGUCAAGAGGGCGCUUUUUACUCUUGUAUACGGUGACAGUUCAGUUUAGUAUGAAAAAGUUUAUUCCAAUGAAAUUUCGCAAUAUGGCGCGUGAUCAUAUAUUACUGGUUAGGCUUUAGUUAAUAAGAGACGUAUCUUGUGACAUCACAUAUGUUGUGAAGUCAACCUGCUUUAUAUGAGUUAUUGAUUUAAGCCACGAUUUACUAUAAUUUUUUUUUUGUUUAUAAACAGUGUUCGUAAACAAACUGUCCCAGAUAAUGGUAUGGUAUAAAGUAAUAUAUGAUAUAUUAAGAAACAUUGUUUAUAAACAAAAAUAUUUAUAAUGAAUACGUGGCAUUACAAUAUUUGCGAUGCAUUAUUUGAUAUUUGCCGCAUUUGCGUGAAGAAAAGCAACACAGGAAACCGGACUAAUAAUAAUAUAAGGCCUAGUUUCGCCUCUGUUGAAAAUGAUAUAGAUCGUGCCAUUCACGAAGACGCGUGCCUUAACUCGUAAUGUCAUGUUAUUAAAGGUUAGAUUUGACAAGUCUGCGCGUCAUCGUGGAUGACACGGACUUAAUUUACUUAAUUUCAUAAUAGCUAGGUUUUGCGAAUCCAUCUGUACGUAGAAAAUUAUGUUAUUGUUGCAUAUAUGUGUAUGUGUGCAUGGAUGUAUGUGUGACUUGCCUUAUACAAUAAAUAGUGUGCUACAAAGUA